AUGAUCAUCGAAAAUCAAAGGUGUUUUGGAAAAGAAAUUGUUAAUUCAUCUAUCUAUCAAUCAAUGGAAACAGGGAUGAUCGUUGAAAAAACAAAAAAACCAUUUUCCAUCAUUCCUAGAGUAUUUGCUAUUAGUUUGGAUGAGAAAGAAAAUAAAAUAUUUAGAAGAGAAUCUGAAAGAAUUCAAAUAGAAUUAGAGAAUGAAAAGCCAAAAGAAACUAAAAUUCCACAAAAUGUACAUUUAUACACAGAUGAAAUUUUCCAACAUUUAUUAAUUGAAGAGGUAUUUAAUAUAUUACUAAUUUAUUUAGAAUAAAUAUUAGAUAGAUUAAUAUAUGACACCUGAGUUGUAGCCAAAUAUAAAUAUGAAAAUGAGAGCAAUUCUUGUAGAUUGGCUUAUUGAUGUGCAUGCUAAAUUUAAGUUAAGAGAUGAAACAUUAUAUCUUACAAUUUCUUUAAUAGAUAGAUAUUUAGCAAAGGAAUAAGUGACAAGAUUGCGUUUACAAUUAGUAGGUGUAGCUGCACUCUUCAUAGCAUGUAAAUAUGAGGAAAUAUAUCCACCUGCAUUAAAAGAUUUUGUGUACAUAACAGAUAAUGCCUAUGUAAAAAGUGAUGUAUUAGAAAUGGAAGGUUUAAUAUUGUAAGCUUUGAAUUUCAACAUUUGUAAUCCAACUGCUUACUAAUUUUUAUCAAGAUUUUCAUCUGAAUUAGAUCCCAAAAAUAAAGCUUUAGCUUAAUAUAUUUUAGAACUUGCUUUGGUUGAAUACAAAUUUGUAGUGUAUAAACCAUCCUUAAUAGCUUAAGCUGUUAUAUUUUUGGUUAAUAAAAUAAGGUAUUAAUUAAGUUUAUAGUUAGAUCUCCAAAUUAUAGAAAUUAAAAUGAAGCUACAUUAAAACCUUGUGCUAAAGAAUUAUGUUCAUUAUUAUAGGCUGCAGAAUUUAAUUCAUUGUAAGCAGCAAGAAGAAAAUUUAAUACUGUCAAGUUUUAUGAAGUUUCAAGGAUUAAGGUGGAAAUAAUUAACAAAUGA